AAGCAUCGAAGACGUACUUCGCGAGCACAGUUCCGAGUUCUCGAAGCUGAAUUUGAGGAGAAUCCAAAGCCCAGCGCUAGCAAACGCCAAAUUCUUGCCGAAAAGCUGUCAAUGACGCCCCGAGGUGUUCAAAUCUGGUUUCAGAACCGUCGAGCCAAGGCCAAGCAA